AUGGGAAUCAGGGCCUCAAAGUUGGCCCAAAAAAUAGUUUUGAUGGCAUUUGGCGUAUGCUAUGCAUUCAUACUAUUUAUAUGGCUUUCAUCCAUCAAUACACUAACUUUGACACAAUCCGGUGGCCAGUGGUCAUCGGAUCAGCUAAAUACUGGUCAUCAACGGCGCAAUAGUUUCAGUGGCUAUCAGGAGAGAGCCGCCCGAUCUAUAUUUGAGGCCAGAGAUAGCAGUGUCCAAAAAGCAUCCAAUAAUAAUAAUAAUGUAAAUAAUAAUAAAAAUUUGUCGCCGAAGACAACACUCAAUGAUAUAUUCAUAAGCGUUAAGACAACUAAAAAAUUUCACACAACAAGACUGGAAAGUAUACUCAAGACAUGGUUCAAGUUGGCUAACAAUCAGACCUAUUUCUUUACUGAUGCCGAAGAUAUCAAAUAUAACAACAAAACAGGCGGACAUCUGAUUAAUACCAACUGUUCGUCAUCUCAUAACAGGAGAGCGUUGUGUUGCAAAAUGAGUGUAGAGUUCGACACAUUCAUCGAUAGCAAUAAGCGAUGGUUUUGUCACUUGGAUGACGACAACUAUCUAAAUGUUCCUCAAUUGGUACGACUGUUGGAAAACUAUAGUCCACUACAGGACUGGUAUUUGGGUAAACCAAGUAUACGACAGCCGCUUCAGAUUGUCAGUCGCGAUGGCAAACAAGAUAACAUAUCCUUCUGGUUUGCCACCGGCGGUGCGGGUUUUUGUAUCAGCCGAUCGUUGGCUCUAAAAAUGGUUCCGUUGGCCAGCGGCGGCAAAUUCAUCAGCAUUGGUGAYCAAAUACGAUUGCCCGAUGACGUGACCAUCGGCUAUAUAGUCGAACGAUUGCUCAACAAAAAGCUUACUGUUGUCGAUGGUCUGCAUUCACACUUGGAGGCCAUCAAAGUGGUCAAUCGGGACCAACUGCGGCGAGUCAUUACUUUGAGUUAUUCUCAAAUGUCUAACAUUGAUAUCAAUACUCUUUAA